AUGUAUCGAAACUGCCGGAAAGCUUUCACUUUUUCGUUGAGGCACUAUUCCACUGCUCCCACAGAAAAGCCGUCGUUAAAGCUUGUUGCAGAACUUCGAAAGCGAACCGAGGUGUCCAUCACGAAAGCUCGUGAAGCCCUCAGCGCAUCCAACAACGACGUGUCUGCAGCCCUUGAAUGGCUCCAAAAGGACCUUAUUACCAGCGGCGCCAAGAAGGCUGCCAAACUAGGGGGUAGGCCGACGCCGGAGGGUCUUAUUAGCGUGUCUGUGCUGUCAAGGGGCGGCGAGUCACACGUAGCUGGGGUGCGGGCUGCCAUGAUCGAGCUGAAUUGCGAGACGGAUUUUGUAGGGAGGAACGAGCUCUUUGGAAGGCUGGCGGCCGACAUCGCUCAUACGGCGGCGUACAUCUCCGAUCGUACUGGCUCAGCGACAGCGUUUAAUAGGGCAUUUCCACUCGACGUAUUGAAGGACGCGCCCCUGCUUUCUCAGUUGAAUCCCACGGCGCCUCCUACUGGGACGGUUGGCAGUUCUAUUCGCGAUAUGAUUUCCAAAGUUGGAGAAAAUGUUUCGCUACGUCGAGCCCUUGCGGUGGUGGAGAACUCACCCUCACCCAACGGCGACAUCGCACUCCGCAUUGGGUCAUACGUACAUGACUACAAAAUUGGCAGUCUAGCCUUGCUGGCUCUCAAGUCGAGGGGCAUAUCUUCGUCGCUUAACUCAGACGCGUUUCGAGAGAGGCUGGAGUUUUUAGAACGGGCGCUGGCACGACAAAUCCUCGGUUUCGAAACGACAUCUGUCAAUUCCUCUGAAGAUCAAACGUCCUUAUACAAUCAACCAUUCAUGAUGUUUUCACGAGAAAUGGAUUCCCCGCUUGUUGGAGAAGUCCUUCGUAACUGGUCAGAGAAGGAAGGACUACUGAAGGAGAACUCUGACGGAGGCGUUGCUGUCCUAGAUUUUGCGAAGUGGAAGGUGGGAGAAACCUUUGAUGAAUAG